GGGGAGAGCUCCAUAUUUCGCAGUUCGAUAAUUGAGCCGUGAGGUUGAAGGCUCAAAGAUACACAACACAGUACACACAUGUCCCACCAUCGCUUUUAUUUUUGUGCUUUGGAUACCGUGCAGCACAUCUCGAUUGUGCACGUCUUAUUUUCCGACGGCGAAUCAAGAAAACCACCUGCGGUCUCGAUAUCGGCCACCUGCUGAUCACCCGCCCGGGUCCGCUUGUUUCAACAUCCCAUCUUGGUGCAUCUUGGAGUGGUCCGUUGCUUCAUGCGACCGAGGUCCGGCUCUGUCUAACUUUCAGCGGCAGCCCCAUGGCUUCCAACUCCGACCCGGCGCAAAGCCCGACUCCCCAGAGGCCGGUACGCUCUUUUCGGGUAGAGCGCACCACCUCCCCUGAGCCAACGACACGGCUUAAGAGAGCUAGUACCUCCGAUGAUGGACCCCCACCUGCUAGGUUGUCCCUCCGGACGGCCUCUGGGACACAGGUGGCGCAGGGUGCCGGGAGCGAGGCGCCCGACACCUUCGUGAGCAGAGUCAGCGAGGAGGUGAUCGAGCCACCGAGGGCUUCUGUCGACCUUGACGAUCUUCCCAUUGAGCUCAUCAGCUUGACGGAUCGCUUCAUCGAUUCCCUGUCGGCCAAGGUGCAUCCUACUCCACCCAACAUCGACAACCUAGCCUACAUGUUCCAAGAGUUCUAUGGGACAGCCUCAUCACAUAUCCAGACACACAUCGAUGCUUUGGCCAGCAGGCAGAGGCGCGAAGAUGCCCCCUCUCUCUCAACCCGUGUAUCGGCCGCGAGUCUGUUGCGCGCAAAGCCCAAGGACAAGGCCCCCCUCAGGCGGGACUCGGAUCAGCAAUUAUUGACGGCCGAGGAAUACGCAAAUCGGAAGAAAGCGAGGCGGGCGCUGGAGCAGAAGAAGUCGCUCCUGGAGGAGGCCGUGGAAAGGAGGUUGUGUGAGGGCAUUUACAGCAAGAUUUACCGCCACCGCAGCACUCAGGACGAGGCGCAGGACGCUAAGCUCCGGUCGAAAACAGCCGCCCUCUCCGUGGUCGGUAUUGGCCCGGUGGACCUUGGGGUCGAGCUCGGCACAGCAGAUAACGACUUGGAAGCGGCAGCCAAGAAGCAGAAGGAGGUCAAGGAAUGGCUCGAGCAGGCCAGGAACCAUCUGGCGUUGAUGAGCCAGUCAAGGUAUCCCCUGGGGAAGCUAAACCACCUCAAAUCAGCCCAUAAGAGCAUCAUCGACACGCUAUCCCACUUCCACCCCUCCUCGUCAGCCGACGAGCUUAUGCCCAUGUUAAUCUACACCCUCAUCACCCUUACGCCCGAAAAUCUUAGUGUCAUCAGCGACGUCAACUUCAUUCAGCGCUUCCGCUGGGAGCCGAAACUCACGGGCGAAGCAGCUUACUGUCUCACCACCCUUGAAGCUGCCGUCUCCUUCCUUGAGACGGUCGACCUCUCCACCCUCCGCGCCGACGAAACCCCAACCGGCCCGCUCAAAAACCCCGGUUCAUCACCCCUACCAAAGGGAGACACCUUCCCACCAGCCUUCUCACCCACCUCCCCCGCUCCACCAGCCGCCAGCCCCAACCCUUCUUCCGAAACCGCCUCAGCCAGCCUCAGCGCCGCCCUAAAACAGCAAUCCCCAUCCCCAUCUCAAAGCCCAGCCGGCUUCCGGGCGACAGUCAACGCUCAGCUCCGCGCCCGCCGCCUAAGCGACCUCGUCCGCAACACGCCCACCCCCGCACAAGCUCUCAACGCGGCCUCGGACGCAGUCCUCAACACGGCCGACCAGAGCCUCAAGACCAUCGGCAGCUCCCUCGACAACAGCUACAAGUUCCUCCUCGGCAAGCUCCGCGAGCGGGCCCCCGACGCCGUCCUCACCAAGGCCGACGGCGGCGAGGUCACCGUGCCCAAGACGCUCGACGACGCCCGCAAGCUCAUCGGCACCCCGCCCCUCCCCAACCCCGACGACGACCUCACCCCCACCCCUACCCCCGAACUCUCCCUACGCAGCCCCAGCCCGGACCAAGAACCCGAGCGGCCCCCGCUGCUCAGCUUCAUCUCCGGCACGGGCCGCAAGCCCCCGCGCGACCACAGCGCCGACUCGUCCCGCAGCGCCGGCUCGUCCUCGCGCCGCCACACCACCGACGACCACCCCCACCAUCAUCAACAACAUCAACAACAUCAACAACAACAACGGCGCGCCGAACCCGGCGCCCCGUCCUCGGCCACGCAGGUCACUGCCACGGGGUCCAGCCCUGUCGUUGCGAGCCCGCCCAUCAUGGACUCCAUGCGCAACCUGAGCAACUCGUUCAACCCCAUGGCCAGGCUGUCGGCGGGCAUUGGUGGGCUGAGGGGGUUUGGGCGCUCGUCGGCUGCGGCUGCUCCAGGUGCGGGGAGGGCGCCGACGCCGCCUGCGAAGGAUGGGGUUGCGAGGGGUGGUGUUGGUAGUGCGGGUGCGGGUACUGGUGCUGGUGGGGUGGGGGAGGGUGGGGAUUUGGCGACGGCCUUCCCGGACCUUGCUGCCGUGCUCCCGCCGAGGGAACACCCCAAGAUCAACCCGCCACAUAAGCGGUUCAUGGAGCUGCAGAACGCGGCAGACCUCAAACUGGGCGAGGUGUUUGAUUUGUUGAAGGACUACAAGCGGUUGGCGGGGGCGUUGAAGGAGAUGGGUGCUUUCAAGGAGUAAUCAAGCGUACCCUUUCUUUCUUUAUGUGAUCAACGAUCAGUGUCACGGCCAGUCGAGUUGUGUUAUGUCAUUUCUAUGCUAGGGGCGCGGGAUAGAUGGGUGGGAGCAUGGAGUGGCUGGCUGGAUCGUGGGUGUUGAGGUAGGCCGAGCGAUGUAUCUGCUAGAGAUGGGUUGGGUUGGGUAGACAAAGCGAAUCAUUCAUUGUUUUACUAUUUACG